GUGCAAGGCGGGGUCUGUGAGUAUUAAACUGAUCGGCCCGCUCAGGGGCGACUUUCAAGCUCCGGUCAUCGAACCAACUACUACACCGUUACCUCGUGUCAAUGCCCGAACUAUCCUCGGCGCAAGUUGAUUUGACCGGCUCCUAGCAAACUUGUCCUCGUUUUGGCCGCCUCUGCGCUGAUAUGCUCAUGUAGCCCCGGAAAGCUAGGGUGGCCAUCAUUUCCACUCACCCGUUAUGGCAACACCGGGCAUGUUGCACGGCCCAAGGCCGGAGGACCACAACUCCAACAGGGCCGUCGCCUUCCUCGGCCCCCUCAAUUCCUACUCGCAUCAGGCCACAAAAAAUGCCUUCGCCGAGGACAGUUGGCAGCUUGAGCCAACGGGGACAAUAAAAGAAGUCUUUGAUUGCGUCCAGUCCAGCCGGACUGCCUACGGCGUCGUGCCCUUCGAAAACUCCACCCAUGGCACGGUCACCUUCACGCUGGACAGCUUGGCCGACCGCGCAGGGGAGUACGCAGAUGUUGUCGUCUGUGACGAGGUCUACCUCGACGUGCAUCAUUUCCUUCUUGGCCGCUUAUUAUCACCACCACCACCAUCAUCAUCAUCAUCAUCCCCAUCGGCAGCGGCAUCGGCAUCGGGACCACCAUCAUCAGCAUCAGCAUCAGCAUCAGCUCCAGUACCAGGAAGGGAAGAAGAGGGAAAAGAAGCCAAAAGGGGCGUCCCGCUGUCCCCCUUGUCCCACAUCCGCCGCGUCUACUCGCACCCACAAGCCUUCGGCCAGACGAGCGCGUUCCGGCACCGCUAUCUGGGCCACGCGGAAUCCAUUGACGUCAGCUCCACCUCGCGCGCCGCCGAGCUCGCCGCGGCCGACCCGGCCGGGGCCAGCGCGGCCAUUGCGAGCGAGUGGGCCGGGAAAGCGGCCGGGCUGGACGUGCUUGCGCGGUGCGUGGAGGAUCGCGAGGAUAACACGACACGCUUCUUCGUCCUCCGCAGGCGGGAGGGAGGAGAAGAAGAAGAAGAAGUUGAGCAGGGAGGGGGCAAUCCGGGUGGGAACGGGGUGCAUCGGGCGUAUGAGGGGGGCAAGUACAAGAGCCUGGUGUCGUUUACGGUGCCGCAUCGGCGGGCAGGAGCGCUAGCGGAUGUGUUGGAUUGUUUUAGGGCGAGGGCGCUGAACUUGACCAGCAUUAGCAGCGUGCCCAGCCUGGAUGCGCCGUUUCAGUAUCUUUUCUUUGUGGAGUUUGAGGGUAGCAGGUAUGAUGAUCCCGAGGGAAGGGUCAGUGGUGUGUUGGGGGAUCUGGAGAGGGUUGCCGAACGGUGGAGGUGGUUAGGCAGUUGGCAGAGCGGGAGGCAGAGGGAAAGGGCGUGAGCAUCAACUGCUUGAGUCAUGAGGGGCCACACAGCAGCAAGAGUUUAGAUACCAGAUGGGAAAGGAACAGGCAGAACCCUAACCCCGGUAACUAGUAUCCGUACUGCAUAUCUCACCAACGAUUCUCAUUCAUAACCCGA